CGGGCGGCAGGCGGCGGCGGGAGCUGAGGCGGGAGCCGAGCGCGCGGGCCGCACCCUCAGCGCGCGAGCGCGCCGUCCCCUCCCCUCCCCCCCCGCCCCCCGUCCCGUCCCUGCCGCCAUGUCGGAGGAGAAGCCCAAGGAAGGCGUGAAAACGGAGAACGAUCACAUCAACCUGAAAGUGGCGGGGCAGGACGGCUCCGUCGUGCAGUUCAAAAUCAAGCGGCACACCCCGCUGAGCAAGCUGAUGAAGGCGUACUGCGAGCGGCAGGGCUUGUCAAUGAGGCAGAUUAGAUUCAGAUUUGAUGGACAACCGAUUAGUGAAACAGACACACCUGCACAGCUGGAGAUGGAAGAUGAAGACACUAUCGAUGUGUUCCAACAGCAGACAGGUGGAGCGUGUUAAGACAUGCCGUCCUUUUGAGAAGAGGAGUUCAAGGUUCCUCAUCACACCUCACUCUCUCAUCUGUCCUUGGAUUUGCUAUUAAACAGUAAACAAAUGAACAUGCCAAUCACACGGAAUUCUUCUAAACUUUAGAGGACAUUUACCAAAAUUGCUUGUUGUCUUUGACGUACUGCGUGUGCAAGUCAAAACAGUAUCUGCAGGGAUUAAUCUAUAUCUUAAAUUGGGCCAAUUUGAUUUAAGUUCAGAUUAAGUAAUAUGCGUUGUCUCUCUGCUGUUACCUUUUUUUUUUCUUUUUUUUGUUUCUUUAAACCUGUGGCCUAAAUAUUCAUCCAUGUGUUAGGACAUGGAGUGUUCAUUCCUGGUUCUUGUUGGUCUUGCCCCUCUGUUUAAUUCUAAUCAUGUAAAUAAUUCAGUAUAUUUUCAUGCCAAUUGUGAACGUAAAAGUUUCCUUUUAAGAUACGCCUAAGAGAAGGAAAAGAGACGCUGAUUUUAAGUUUUUAGCGCGUGUUGCAAACACAGUUACUUCAGAAGCGUUAAGCCUGUGACACGAGGCUGGUACAUGCAGAUACGAUGCUUAGUAUAGAGUUGGAGUUUAAAAUAUUGCAGAUUUACAUGUGCUUUGUCAUAUUAUGAUAAAGUUGUCUGAAAUAUACUUUUUUAAUGCAGAAAUGAGAUUUGUCCUGAAUUAUUGUCAGAACCGGAGUUAGCAGAGCAGCUGGUCCAAAAACGAACACUCAACACUCGUGAUAGAGCAGCAGCAUUUUUUUUUGCUGUGCAAGCUUAUAAAAACAGAAACCCGUCACUGCACCAUCAGCUGUUUUUCGCUGAGUGCUGGGCAGAAUCUGUCACCUUUCUCCUGCUCUCUUUAGUAUGUCUCUAUUUCUCAGUGGGUACUAGAAGUCUGCAGCCUCAGGUUUCUUUUUAAUAUUUGUUUUUGGUAGAUUAACUUGAUAAAUGAGGGGAAAAAGCGCCUUUUAAUGUCACCAAGCUCUAUGUGCAGAAGAGCUGUGAAGAACCUGGUGAGCAAAAGGAGAGGUGUGUGCAUGUCUGUGUGUUAAAAAAACAAACAAACAAACUACUGCCUCCCCAAACUUACUGAAUUUUAAAUGCAUUUGUGUGAUGGGCUUUGUGUGGAGCCUGUUCCAGAUGAAUUUUUACCGAGGCUGUCCUGUUGUCCCUCGGUAGGUUGUGUGCUGCUGCCCUGUGGAAUCGUUACCUGCCUUUUAUAUUUACCUCACCCCUUUGGCAGUGUUAGAUCAUCUCCCGCUUGCUGGAAAUCUUGUUGGAAAGGCCCUUAUUUUCUUUUUCGUUUUCUUGUAAAUGGGCUGGGGUGGGACAUCCCAUAGAUCUUGCUGUUUAUUCACCAAUUUGUACAUUUAUUUGUUGUCCUUUACUAUUGUAUACAGUAAAUAUAGUUUGGUACUCUG